UCUUUGCAAGGUUUAGUGAAGGCUUUGUAGGAACAACCAGAAAAGGAAUGCUCAUAGGGAUCUGUUAGAUGGGAAGCAGUUUGGAGGGAGAGGGAAAUGAAUCCAUUGCUGCAAUUGGCCCUUCAGGAGGUGAUGGAGCAAGAUGAAUCUCUGGGAAAGCAGCUGGAAAGAAAAAAUCCCACUGCCAUAAGGACUGACAUCACUACACAAGAGGUGCCACCACCUCCCAGCUCCCAGUGUGGUCACGAUGGGCCGUGUUGGAGCCAUGAGCGAUGGCAGCAUCCUCCUCUCCUUGUUUGUCCUGCUGCUGGCCACUGCAGCUGUCUGGCUGGCCAUCGGCCACUGGCAACAGCGGGUGCUGGGGACACCGAAGAACCCAGGGAGCCAGGCCAGGGGCUCUCCGAGCAGCCAAGUAGCUCCAGUGGAGGCUCCCAGUUCCUCCACAGCUCAGGCAACCGCUCCCCAGCAUCCAGAUGCUCCUGUGAGCCCCGAGUACAUCCCCUGUGGCUGUGGCCCCAGCUGCACCCCCUGCAUGGCAGUGGCCCAGGAGCUGCAGGAUUUGGUCAUGUCGGUGUGGGUUGGGAAUGGGAUGUCUUUCCCACUGGAUUCUGAGGUGUGGCAGGUGUUGUGGGAGAACCUGGAGGAGCUGGUGGAGCGAGGCCACCUGCCCUGCUGCAGCUCGUCCAGCUCCACCAAGAGCCCCCAUUCCUCCAAAAGCCAGCUCCCAUGGAGAACCUCUGUCCUUCCAAGAGCCCUCAUCCGUCGGCAAGCCUCUGUCUUUUCAAUAUCCUCAUUCCUGCCAAGAACUCGAUUCUGUAAGAGAUACUCCAUCCUUACAAGAAGACCAUGCCAUGGGAGAGCCUUCAUCCCUCCGAAAGCCUCCAUUCCCUCCAAGAGCCUCCAUUCCUCUGAGAGCCUCCACCUUCCAAGAGCCUGCAUUCCUUCCACAGGCCUCCGUUCCCCUGACAGCAUGCACCUUUCAAGAGCUUCCAUUAGUUCCACAAGCUUCCAGUCCUCUGAGAGCCUCACUUCUUCCCAGAGUCUUCAUCCCUACAAGAGCUUCAGUGAGAACUGCCAGACUCCAGAUGGAGUAGCCCCCAUAGACCAGUCUCCCUGCUCCCUCGAAGCUGCAGAUAUCAGCAGAACUCACUCAUCCCUGAAGAUGCACAUGGCCAAGGAAAGCCUGGGUGUGAAAAUGGGAGCCCAGCCCAUUCCAAUGAUGUGUUCCCAGGAGCAAGCAGCACAGCAGGAAGAGUCCUGCAGCCACCAGUGUCCACCCCUUGACUCUUGGGAUGCUGUGGUAGUGCCAACUGGGAACACCCCCUGUGUUGGAGAAGCACAGAUGAGCACCCUCAGUGCAAGAGAAGAUCCUCCAGUGGCAGAGGAAGUUGCAGAUCCCCCAUCUCCAGGGAGCUCUCCCCAGCCAGAUGUUGAGGACCAGGAUAAGGUUUCUGUUUGCAGCUUGGAUACUUCUGCAAAGCAUCUAUGUUAAAUAAACCAGCUUCUUCCCGAAGA